AUUACGCCAACGUUCCAACGCCAUUCUUGUAUAUACUCCUGCAGCUUGCAUAUUGCUUUGCAUGUCAUCGCCGACGCAAAUGGCUUCCCUUGCCGUUCUCGUUUCCCUCGUCUGCGCAGCGCUUGCCUCCAAUGCCGCGGCCGUCCGCGUGGAGCUCACGCGCAUCCACGCCGACCCCAGCGUGACCGCGUCCCAGUUCGUCCGCGACGCCCUGCGCCGCGACAUGCACCGGCACAACGCCCGGCAGCUCGCCGCGUCGUCGUCCAACGGCACUACGGUGUCCGCGCCGACCCAGAUCUCGCCCACCGCCGGGGAGUACCUGAUGACGCUGGCCAUCGGCACGCCUCCGGUGUCCUACCAGGCCAUCGCCGACACGGGCAGCGACCUCAUCUGGACGCAGUGCGCGCCCUGCAGCUCCCAGUGCUUCCAGCAGCCGACGCCGCUGUACAACCCGUCCAGCUCCACCACGUUCGCCGUGCUCCCGUGCAACAGCUCGCUGAGCAUGUGCGCGGCGGCGCUGGCCGGGACGACCCCGCCGCCGGGGUGCACCUGCAUGUACAACAUGACGUACGGCAGCGGGUGGACGUCUGUCUACCAGGGGUCCGAGACGUUCACCUUCGGGUCGUCCACGCCGGCGAACCAGACCGGCGUCCCGGGCAUCGCCUUCGGAUGCAGCAACGCGAGCGGCGGCUUCAACACCUCGUCGGCGUCCGGCCUCGUCGGGCUGGGCAGGGGGAGCCUGUCGCUCGUCUCCCAGCUCGGCGUCCCCAAGUUCUCCUACUGCCUCACGCCGUACCAGGACACCAACAGCACCAGCACGCUCCUCCUCGGGCCGUCGGCAUCGCUCAACGACACCGGCGGCGUCAGCUCCACGCCUUUCGUCGCCAGCCCUUCCGAUGCGCCCAUGAGCACCUACUACUAUCUCAACCUCACCGGCAUAUCCCUCGGCACGACGGCACUGUCCAUCCCGACCACCGCCUUGUCGCUGAAGGCGGACGGCACCGGCGGGUUCAUCAUCGACUCUGGCACCACCAUCACAUUGCUGGGCAACACGGCGUACCAGCAGGUCCGCGCCGCGGUCGUCUCCCUGGUGACGCUGCCCACGACAGACGGCGGGUCGGCAGCCACGGGGCUCGACCUGUGCUUCGAGCUGCCGUCCUCAACGUCGGCGCCGCCGACCAUGCCGAGCAUGACGCUCCACUUCGACGGCGCGGACAUGGUGCUCCCGGCGGACAGCUAUAUGAUGUUGGACUCCAACUUGUGGUGCCUGGCCAUGCAGAACCAGACCGAUGGCGGGGUAAGCAUUCUCGGCAACUACCAGCAGCAGAACAUGCACAUCCUCUACGACGUUGGGCAGGAGACAUUGACGUUUGCUCCGGCCAAGUGCAGCACGCUCUGAUCAGAGCUUUACAGAAUUGCAAAUAUGUGUGUGCAUAUAUAGGUUAUAUAUGUGUAUAUAAUAAUGGGCUGUCGAUCGAGAAAUCUAUUCAAAAUCUGUUCCAAUUCAAAUCUGAAAUUCGAACUAGACUACCACAAGGAAUAUAGAUACAUAAGCAUUGACUCGUCUCGGCUGGGCGCAGUGCUAUUUCCCUUGUGACAGUCUAGCUGUGGUUUAGUUUUAUGUUUAUUUUUUGUUUCAGGGAAAAGAAAUUUCUAGGACGUUUACUAGAGUUGUGUUGUAAAGCAGGAGAUACUUUUUUUUUUCCUUUGGGCUCGAUGUACUUCAUUUUUUUGUCAGGAUUUUAUUCUUCAUUUACAAGUUCAUUUUCAAUACCUACAAGAAACCAAAUUAUUUA